CAUUCGCAGCGCGAGCAGGCGAGUGUUCUCUGUCUCAACCAUGACUCCUGUGUUGGACCCCAGCUCUUUCUCCUCUGUCUCCAAGUGCGCUACCAAGCACUUAAAUCUCAUUUACCAUGUUGAAUUUGACAGGCGCGUGCUCAAAGGGAAAGUCGCCCUGACUGUGGAAGUUCUGGAGGAUAAAUUAUCUUCUCUGACUCUGGACUCAAAGGACUUGAAGAUCUUUAAGGUUUCUGCAAAUGGCCAGGCUGCGCAGUUUGCAUUGGGGACUAAGCAUAAAUUUAAGGGUUCCCCUUUGGAGAUCACCCUGCCUUUUGAACUCUCACGUGGGCAGCAUGUGAUUGUGGAGAUUGAAUAUGAGACAUCUCCUAGUGCCACAGCACUGCAGUGGUUGACCCCCACACAGACUGCUGGGAAGAAACACCCAUACCUUUUCAGCCAGUGCCAGGCCACUCACUGUAGGACCAUGAUUCCUUGCCAGGACAGUCCGUCAGUGAAGCACACUUACUAUGCACAGGUGUCUGUCCCCAGAGAGCUGGUGGCAUUGAUGAGUGCAUUGCAUGAUGGUCAGGAACCAGAUCCGAGCGACAGCAGCCGAGUCAUCUAUCGCUUCAGACAGCCGGUCCCAAUGCCUUCUUACCUCAUUGCUAUUGUCGUUGGUGCUUUGGAAAGCAGGGAAAUUGGCCCCCGAUCCAGAGUUUGGUCUGAGAAGGAGUAUGUGGAUGAGGCAGCGUUUGAGUUUUCAGAGACUGAGACCAUGUUGAAGACGGCUGAGAGUCUGGCAGGGCCGUAUGUGUGGGGCCAAUAUGAUGUCCUGGUGCUGCCUCCGUCUUUUCCAUACGGGGGCAUGGAGAACCCCUGCCUCACAUUUGUCACUCCCACUGUACUGGCUGGAGACCGAUCCCUCGCUGGCGUCAUUGCUCAUGAAAUCUCCCACAGCUGGACGGGGAACCUGGUGACCAAUAGGACCUGGGAGCAUUUCUGGUUGAAUGAGGGUCAUACGGUGUACAUUGAGAGAAUGAUUGCCAGGUGUAUGGAGAGUGAACAGCUCAGGCAGUUUAAAGGCAUCGGAGGGUGGAAAGAGCUUCAAGAGUCUGUGAAACAGUUUGGAGCGAAUAAUGUGCUCACAAACCUGGUCCCAAAUCUGCAUGAGGUGGACACGGAUGAAGCAUUCUCCUCUGUGCCCUACGAGAAAGGGUUUGCUCUGCUGUAUCAUCUGGAGGAACUGUUGGGAGGUCCAGAGGUCUUCAUGGGAUUCGUGAAGUCUUACAUUCAGCUGUUUGCCUAUGGCACUGUAACCACAGAGGAAUGGAAGAACUAUCUGUUCACUUACUUCAAAGACAAGGUGGACAUCUUGAAUAAAGUGGACUGGAACGCAUGGAUGCACACUCCGGGAAUGGCACCCGUCAAACCACAGUAUGACACCACAAUGGCAGACGCUUGCACUGCUCUGUGCCAAAGAUGGGUGAAAGCAAAAGAAGAGGACUUUGCAAGUUUCACUGAGGCAGACGUGAAGAAACUCAACUCUCCUCAGCUCAUUGAGUUCAUGGCUUUAUUGCUCCAAGAGGAGCCCCUUCCUCUGUCCCAUGUGAAGAAGAUGCAGGAGGUCUACCAGCUAAACAGUGUUAAAAACGCAGAGGUCCGCUUCAGGUGGUUGCGCAUCUGUGUGAAGGCACAUUGGGAGGAAGCCGUUCCCCUGGCGCUGAAGAUGGCUACCGAACAGGGCAGAAUGAAAUUCACUCGCCCCCUCUUCAAGGAAGUUUACAACUUCUCCAAGUACAGUGACGAGGCAGUGAAGACUUUUAAGGAGAACCGUGGAGCGCUGCACCCCGUCACAGCCAUGAUGGUGGUCAAAGAUCUGAAAAUCAAUGGCUAAAAUUCUGCUUUCUGUCCAUCUUAUACACAGGCAGUGUUUUUAUGCUUCAAUUUAGUCCUCAGAUACAAAACUGCAUAUCACACCUUGAACAGACAGGUUGAUGUGCAGAACGUUUUUUUCUUCAUUGGCCAAAGCUUGCUUUUUUUUUUAAUGUCUCAGUCUCAGGGUUUAGAACAAAUAAACAUUUUCAGUAUCAUGUAGUUCAGUGUUAAAAAAUGAGCAUUGGAAUGAAGGAUCCACUAUAUCAUGUCCAAAGUGAUGUUCUGUAAUAAACUCAUCUGUGCAAGAGGUUUCUACUCUUUUAUUCAAAACCAAAUGUAACAUGAUGCACAAUAAAGUUGCAUAGCACAUAAACAUAGGCUUUUCAUAUGUACAUCUGCUCAACGUACAUAUUUUUUUUUUUCUUU